UUGAAAAAUUGACUGAGAAUCUUGAGAAAAGGCAAAUGUUCGAUUCAAUUUCAAAUUUGCCCAAAAUUAGAGACGAUUAUUUUUGCUGGUGGAAGACUUACAGCAAUCUUGUCAAUUGUGGUGUGGAUAAAAAGGACCCCAAUCAACGCGAUAAAUAUAUUGAGGUUAGAAGCGAGUUACUUAAACAUUCUGAAGGGCUUUUGGGUGCAUUGGCUUUGCCUAAUUAUUUGGAUGUUGAACCUGAAAUUAAUGAAAGAUAUGUUUUGAACAACCAUAUUGGGAAAGAUUUGGAUGAGAUUGUGGAAAAUGUGAGGUUUGGUGUUAAAAUUAAGUAGAGGGGUGUUG